UGAUUUCAUAAAAUUGACACUGCACCGAAGGUUCCACUAUUUCAUUGACCGGACAUAUAGGAUCGCCGUACGAAACCUCCAAACUGCGGCUAUCUAAAUAUCACAUUUUUGGACACUUGUCGAUAAAAUUUAACCAAGAGAUGGGAGAAAAACCCUUGAGAGUCCUGGCAUGUGGGGAUGUUGAAGGGAGAUUCAAUGCUCUGUUCAACCGUGUGCAGACUAUCCAGAAGAAGACUGGGCAGUUUGAUCUGCUGUUGUGUGUUGGAGAGUUUUUUGGGACAGCACCUGAGGCCGAUGCAGAGUGGCAGCAGUACAAAAGCGGAGCAAAGAAAGCUCCCAUACAUACUUAUGUUCUUGGAGCAACAAGCCAUGAAACAGUGAAGUAUUUUCCCAGCGCUGAUGGCUGUGAGCUGGCUGAAAACAUCACUUAUCUGGGUCGGCGGGGAGUGUUCACAGGAGUGUCAGGCUUACAGAUUGCCUAUGUCAGUGGUCAAGAGGCAUUGCAGGAACCAGCCCCUUCCCACUGUUUCACACAAGAUCUCUCAGUCCUCGUAACCUCCCUGACCAGCAGCUCCAAGUUUAGAGGAGUCGACAUCCUGCUGACGUCACAGUGGCCCAAAGGAGUAUGGAACUAUGGAAACAACCCGGAAGUGAACACAAAGUCUUGUGGAAGUAGCUCUGUCGCCAGCCUCGCAGACAAACUGAAACCGAGGUAUCACUUUGCUGCACUAGAAGGUGUUCACUAUGAGAGACUGCCAUACAGGAAUCAUGUUGUUCUCCAGGAAAAUGCUCAGCAUGUCAGCCGAUUCAUUGCCUUGGCAGCUGUCAACAACCCAGCCAAGAAGAAGUAUUUGUACGCCUUCAAUAUAAUUCCCGUGAAAACCAUGGAUCCAUCAGAACUAGUGAAACAGCCACAGGACGUGACGGAAAACCCCUACAGACGCUCAACUAAGGACAAAACAGACGCACAGAAAACAGCCUUCACCACUGAGGAGGAGGAACCGGCCAGUCAGUUCUUCUUCGACCUAGGUAAGAAACAGGGUGGAGGUCCUCGAGGCAGAAAGAGACCGUCAGAAGGCCGAGGCCAACAUCAUGACGGAGACAGGCAUCAGCACGGGCAGCUCAAACAGCCUCGCAGACACCCUCAGCCGACUGGUCCCUGCUGGUUCUGUCUAGCGAGUCCUCAGGUGGAGAAACACCUGGUCAUCAGCAUAGGAACACAUUGUUACGUGGCUCUGGCUAAAGGUGGGCUGAUGCAUCACCACACACUGAUCCUCCCCAUCGGUCACUACCAGUCUGUGGUGGAUCUGGGCUCAGAUGUGGUGGAGGAGAUGGAGAAGUACAAAUCAGCCUUGAGGAGAUUCUACAAGAGCAGAGGCGAGCGCUGUGUGCUGUUUGAGAGGAAUUAUAAGAGCCAACACCUGCAGCUACAGGUUGUCCCUGUGCCACUGGACCGCUGCACCACAGAGGACAUCAAAGAGGCGUUCAUGGUCCAGGCUCAGGAGCAGCAGAUGGAGUUAAUGGAGAUUCCUGAACACACUGACCUUAAACAGAUUGCUCCUCCCGGGACUCCAUAUUUCUACGUGGAGCUUGACUCUGGGGAGAAACUUUUCUACCGCAUUCAGAAGCAUUUUCCUCUACAAUUCGGAAGAGAGGUUUUGGCCAGUGAGGCAAUACUGAACAUCCCAACUCGAGCUGACUGGAAGGAGUGCAAACAGAGCAAAGAGGAAGAGGAGGAGGGCUGCAAACAGCUGAGAGAUGACUUUCAGCCGUAUGACUUUGCCUGGGAGGACUAACAAAAACCUACAAACCAUGACAACUACCACAACCAGCAUCGCAGCAUCAACAGAAGACACUUUAUGUUCACUUGUUGUAUUUUCCAGAUGAUAAGUGUAAAAGAAACUUCACAGAUGGUAUUUAACUGUGAAGGCCUGCACAGUUUGGUGCUAGUUUUAAGGAAAAUGACACAUUUAGACUUCUUGAAGUUGUCAAAAACCUGCACUGACCUUGUCUGGAAAUGUAAAUAACUGAUAGUUAAUUUUUAGAAAAUUAUGGGAACUCUUCAAAACACUUCUAAGAAAAGACCAGUGAAAUAAAGUGUUACUGAUCAACGUUGCUGCAUUUUAAAUUUUUUAAAAUUACUUUUUAAUUUCCUUUUUUACUCUGACAGUUAAAUCUAUUUCUGGUGUUUUGUACAUUAGGCCACUGACAGCCUCCUUCACAACUGCCUCUGCGAGACCCCCCCCCACCCCCGACACUUUUCUGUAGUCACAGAACUGGUCAUUUGACAUCUUUUAGUCAAGGUCCCUUAUUCAUCCUUGGUUACCACAGUAAAGAUAUGUUUCAAAAUGUGCAGAAACUCAGAUAAAGUGAUGAUUACAAAAAGCAUGAAAAUAUCCCAAAAUAUCCCUUAAACGCAUCUUUGCAAUUUCUUUCAUAAUGUUUAAAAUGUCAGUCCUGACUCAUCUGGGUGUUUUGUUGAAGAUGUGAUUUAAAAAAUUUUUUUUUUUACUGGUACUGUUGAUUGUCCAGUCCAAGGUGAAGAUUCAGAUUAAAACUAAGCUCACUGAUCCUCAGUGUCAGAAAAACACUUUACCCCAGCAAAAGUAUAAGUUCUAGGAUUUUUUAAAGUGUAUUUCUUGCAUUUUGUAAAUGAACUUUAAUUAAAGUCUUUAUUUUGGGA